AAAUAAAAGAAACUGCUACUAAAGAUGAAAUUAGAAAAGCUUAUCAUAAACAAAGUUUACGAUGGCAUCCUGAUAAAAAUCUUAACAAUAUUACAGAAGCGACUAAAAAAUUUAAAGAAAUAAAUGAAGCUUAUGAAAAAUUACUUGAAUUUAUCAAAAAAUGA